UGCAGCCGUGCAGGAGCAGCAGCGCGGGUCAGUCCCUGCCGAGCUGCGGGGGUGCGGGUCGGUCCCUGCCGGUGCGCGGGUCCCUCCCUCUCCCCGCGGCGGGCGGUGCCGCUGCGCGGGCGCCAUGGCGGGGCGGGCGCUGCCGGCGAUGAACGCGUCGUGGCGGGCGGCGGGGCCCGCGAACGGCAGCGCGGAGCCGCGGGACGGCGCCCACGCAGCCACCCUGGCGGCCUGCGCCGCGCCGCUCGCCCUCGUCUUCUGCCUGGGCUCCUACGGGAACCUCAUCGUGCUGCUGUCCUUCUUCGACCCGGCCCUCAGGAAAUUCAGGACCGAUUUCGACUUCAUGAUCCUCAACCUCUCCUUCUGCGACCUUUUCCUCUGCGGUGUGGCCGCCCCCAUGUUCGCCUUCGUCCUCUUCUUCGGCUCGGCCGGCGGCGUCCCUGGUGCCUUCUGCUUCGCCUUCCAUCUCACCAGCUCCGGCUUCAUCCUCGUGUCCCUCGAGACCGUGGCGGUCAUCGCCCUGCACCGGCUGCGCAUGGUGCUGGGGCGGCAGCCGCACCGUGCCGCCUCCUUCCCCUGCACCCUGCUCCUCGCUCUGCUGCUCUGGGCCGCCAGCUUCACCCUGGCCACCUUGGCCACCCUCGGCUCGCGCGGCUCGCGCCUCUGCCUUCCCGUGUCCGGCUUCGCCGGCGGACAGAGGAAAGUCAUCCUCUACCUCUACGUUGCUGACUUCAUCUGCUGCGUGACCGUCGUGGCCGUCUCCUACGUCAUGAUUGCCCAGGCCCUGCGAAGGAAUGUGCGAGCGAGGAAGUGUCCGCCCGUGGUGGCCGUUGAUGCUUCCAGACCACAGCCCUUCGUGGGUCCCCCAGCCACCGGAGCUGGGGAGGGUGUGAAAAGCGCCGUGCUCGCCUUGUACAGGAACCAAAGCAAACCACAGCAUGUCCAGACGCACGGCUAUGCCAAUCAGCUUGGCCAGAUGUCCGCCACAGCCGCCGGCCAGCUCCAGCUUGUGUCGGCAGUCAACCUGUCCGCUGCCAAAGACUCUAGGGCAGUGGUGACGUGUGUCGUCAUCGUGCUCUCCGUCUUGGUUUGCUGCCUGCCCCUGGGCAUCUCUUUGGUGCAGGAUAUGCUGUCCAGUAACGGUGGCUUUGUUCUCUACCAGUUUGAGCUGUGUGGAUUUACCCUCAUUUUUUUCAAAUCUGGAUUGAAUCCUUUUAUAUAUUCUCGCAAUAGUGCCGGGCUUCGGAGACGAGUCCUCUGGUGCCUGCAGUAUGUAGCCCUCGUCUUUUUCUGCUGUAAGCAGAAGACAAGACUUCGGGCCGUGGGCAAAGGCAGCCUGGAAGUCAACAGGAACAAGUCGUCCCACCAUGAGACUAAUUCAGCAUACAUGUUGUCUCCAAAACCUCAGAAAAAGCUUGUGGACCAAGCCUGUGGUCCUAGUCACUCUAAGGAGAGCGUGUUGAGCCCCAAGGCUUCUGUCGGGCAUCAGCACUAUGCACAGAGCAGUUCGACCCCCAUGAACACGCGAAUCGAGCCCUACUACAGUAUCUAUAACAGCAGCCCUUCCCAGGACGUGAGCACCCCAAAUAGCUUACAGCCAGUGAACUCGACUUUUGGAUUUGCCAAAUCCUACAUUGCCAUGCAUUAUCACACCACCAACGAUGUGGUGCGAGACUGUGACAGCCCUUCGACUAAGCAGAUACCAGUGCCCUCGGUGUAACCUUCAGGAAGGGUUCUGAUACCUUCUUUGCUUUCCUUAGUGAUAAACUGAAUUCAGUGAUACACUGUUGCUGCUAAUUAAGAAAUAUGCUACUCGUGUUGAUAUCCAGUUAUUUGCAUUUGAAGUGAAUACUCGGAUAUUGCUUCCAUGACGCUUUCUUGAAAUUGUGUGGCCAGUCAAAACCAGCUGUAUUUUAGAUGACAUUUGGAAUUGUUAGCAUGAUUUGUUACUAAACUUAACUGCUGGACAAGUUAAGAAAAGAGUAGUAAAGUAUUAUAAAGAGACAGAAUAUCUCGGAGAACGAUCUCAGGCUGCAGCAGAAGUAUUACCUGUUAAAUGGCAUACUUGCGUACUUUAAUGAAGGAAAAAUUGGGAGGAUGCUUGGUGUUGCCAUACUUUAAUUUAAAUGUUUUCCGUUGCAGAAGGUUGAAAGAAAUGAUGGUAUUUUGUUGUAGAAAGUGUCCAUAAUAACGGAAGUCCUUUCUGUUCGGAGGGCGAGCUCCUGGUUCUGUUGAGGUGAAUGGCAAAAUUUGCAUGAACUUCAGCUGAAGUUCAGGAUUUCAGUCGUGGCUUCCUAAAGUGAGAAAAGGCAUUUUAAAAAUAGUAUUUACAUUUCUGCUGAGGAAGGACUUUGGAGAGGUGUUGUGGCACUGUAGGAAACCUCUGAAGUAUAUAUACACAUAUAUGUAUUUCUGUUGUACAUUUAUUUUAAGGAUCAAUGGUGUUAUAUGUCCCAAAAUAAUAUAUUUAGGGAAAUAUUUUGCAUUUGAUAGAAAUAACUGUGCAAUAUCCAGUUAUAGGUUUUACUAGAGGAUAAAGGUGAAUAUUACGGUAGUAUAGUACUGAUAAACUAUUAGUAAUGCAGUCACCUCCAGAAUUUUCUGAUUCGUAAACUGUUGCGCAAAGGGUCGUGUUGCUGGUUGGGUUAUUUUUUGUGUGACUCUGUAUAAAAGCAGGAAUUGUGAGGAUUUGGCUCUGAUAUUCCUUACAGGUAGAACUGACAGCUGUGAUCAUUUUUAAAAGCAGACUGACCACAUAAUGAGAUGACUACAAAUUUUUGAGGUUUUCUUAAGAAUUCUAACAUCAGUUUGGUUUAAAGAUUAAUAACCUGUCUACUUAUAAACUUCAUCUGUUGGUCUACACGGCGAGCAAAUAAUGGAAGUUAAAUAUUUUUUUAUCAACUGAACCAUUUGUGUUAUGUCACAUGUUGUGGGAAUUCCUCACAAAAGAAGUUAUUUGGAGGCAUUUAAAUUCCUGACUAUUGUUGCUUUAAGAGGCCAGAUCUUUUCAAAACAAGCAAUCUCCUUUCAAAUUUUAUGGACUUCAGCAAAGUCUUAGUAUCUCUGAAAUAAUUGUGCCACAGACUUGUGGUGCCUCGUUAUAGGAAAACGC